UUGUUGAUCCUAUUUUGGUCAGUGCUGUGGAAGUGAAGUGAAGUGAAGUUUGGUCGAAAGAAAGUCGAUUCAUUUUAGAUUUGGGUUUGAUGUAAUGUUCAGAUUGCGAUCGGAAAAGAGUCAGGAAGUCCAUGUGAAUUAUUUUUGACGAGUGUGGAGUAGCUUAUGAAAAUAUUUCACCAUGAAAGCCGAAGUGUCCACAGCUGUGAACUUUAUUACCACGUUACUGAGAAGAACAGGACUUCUGUCUGAAGAACAACUCCAACACUUCAGCCAUUCUCUGGAAGAGGCUUUAGGAGAGCAUUAUGAGGACCACUGGUUUCCUGACGCACCGUUUAGAGGUUCGGGAUAUCGCUGUAUCCGGAUCAAUCACAGGAUGGACCCGCUAGUAGGGAAGGCCGCUUACACCAUCGGCCUUAGCAGGAAGCAGCUUUUAUCCCUCUUACCCUGCGAGCUUACGAUGUGGGUCGACCCCUACGAAGUGUCCUAUCGUAUAGGGGAGGACGGGUCCAUUUGUGUACUGUAUGAGUCCGCACCGCCGUCGGAGACUCAUCUGAACUCUGUGGACAGCUGCAAAGAGAAACUGAGACUGGGUCACUCGAUGACUGUGAUGACUGUCUCCAGCUAAUGUCUCAUUUGUUUUACACUUUUUUUAAAAAUGAUUUUUGGAAAUUGGAUAUAUUUGGAUUCAAUACUUGAUUUUAAUGCCUGUACAAUUUUGUAAAUUUUAAUACAUUUCAAUUAAAGAUGAUGCUUCAGUUUUUU